CAGUUUGUGCUCUCGUCUCACCCAUUGGUAAGGAAGGCAAAGAUGAAAGUGACCGUUUGUUUUGGGAAGACUUGCAUUGUUGUCCCCUGUAAGGAUGGGAAGAUCAGCGUGAGAGAAUUGAUUCAACAAGCUGCACAGAGAUACAUCAAAGCAAAGGAGAAAGAACCAGGAUAUUGGGUGAAGAUCCAUCAUCUAGAAUACAAAGAUGGAGGGAUAUUAGACCCUGAUGAUACUGUAGCAGAUGUUGCUGAAGACAAGGACAAGUUGAUAGCCGUAUUUGAUGAACAUGUGUCCAGUAAAACAGAAGAUGGAGCAACCAUCAUGGAUCGCCUCAGCCCUGACCCCUUUGAAGCAGAACUAGCUCAGCACCCCACAUACCAGCCGCUUCGAGGAGAAAUUGAGGUCACCCCUUCAGCUUUGAAACUUGGAACCCCUCUGCUGGUAAGACGGAGCAGUGACCCAACCAUGGGACCAGUGCCUGAUUUUCACCCAGGUUCUUCUCACACUGCUGAUCAGAGUAUGAAAGGUCCAUCCUCCGUAUCUCCAGAUGGUCAGAAAGAGCUUAGUUGGCAAGAUAACCUUAUGAAAUCACAGAAGCCCAGAUUUAUGUUCAGUGAGUUGACAAGAAAGUUAGAGAUUUCAGGAGACGGAGGACCAUUGGGAAUACAUGUUGUGCCUUUCUAUUCCACUCUUAGUGGACGUGCUUUGGGACUGUACAUUCGUGGAAUUGAGGAGAAUAGCAGGACUAAACGUGAUGGCCUCUUCCAAGAAAAUGAAUGCAUCGUGAAAAUUAACAAUGUGGAACUUGCCGAUAGGUCUUUUACACAGGCACAGGAUAUUUUCAGACAAGCAAUGAAAUAUCCUAGUGUAUUAGUGGAAGUUGUGCCAUCUCAUACCCGUGAGCUUUAUGAGAAAACUGCCAUAUCUGACUUGGCACUGGAAGACGAAGAUGAUGACGUACCUAAUAUAAAACCACCUCCUCCACCUAGCCAUGCAAAGCUAAGUGGGAAGAACAGUGACCACAUUAAUGGUUUGGAUUCUGCACUGUCACUACAGUCAUCAGUAGGCCCAGACCUAACAGGUCAUAGUAGUUCAUACCCUUCACCUCUGGACUUUGGAACUAAGAAAACUACCAAGAUAACAAGGAUUGAUCUGAAAAAGGGUGCAGAUGGGCUUGGAUUCACAGUGGUCACCAGGGACUCCACAUUACAUGGGCCUGGCCCUAUUUUCGUAAAAAAUAUUCUUCCUAAAGGAGCAGCCAUAAAGGAUGGACGAUUGCUGUCUGGAGACCGAAUAGUAGAGGUUAAUGGCAUAGUUAUUGCUGGGAAAACACAAGAGGAGCUUGUGGCCAUGCUAAGGAGUACCAAGCUGGGCGAGACAGUGUCUUUGGUGGUUGCUCGACAGGAAGAAGCUUUCUUACCUCGCGAACUGGUAAUGUCUCUAACACUACAGCCUUGA